AUGUCUUCUAAAAGAGAGGUAAUUGCAAAGCUUCGAAUUGAGAGUGCUUCCAGAUCCUAGAAAAGGAAAUUGGAGUAGGCCAUGCUUCAAAUCAAUAGUCAACAGCCUAUCACAAAGACCUAGUAGACUUUGCCUUCGGAGGAAGUUGAAUUGUAUAAAAAUGUGAAUUUGUAACAUGUAAUCAACGGAGCUGAUUUUGUAUGGAAUCACUUAGAGAAUAUGCCUAAGAAACAAAUGGAAGCUGUCUUUCUCCCUCAAACUAUAGCUGGAAUGCAGAAUGUGUAUUGCGUGGUUAAGAAAAAAUACAAUGCAGAAAUGGCUAAGAGAGAGCAAUUGGGAGUUGAAAGAAUUUAAAAGAACUAAGAGAAACAUCAUUAAUUCGAAUAGAGGAAACUGAAAAAUCAAUAAAUCUAUACUAAAUUAGGAUUGAAGAAGACUUAUCAAUCUGCACCUGUCACAUAAGUAACAGAAGAGCCACUAUUCCAACGAUUAAGUAAGCCCAAGCAAUCUUUCAUUCAGCAAUCCACUUAUGACCUACCUGAUUUUCGAGGACUACCAAUCAAGAAUCUCUCUAAUGUAGACAAAUACAAAAAUCCAGCUCUGAUUAAUCAUUUCAUUAGUUCCAAUAUAUUACCUAAAUCUGUAAAUAAGCAGAAAGCGAGAAGUAAAUUCGAAACAUUCGAUUAAAAACUUGAAUAGUUUCAAAAUACAAUACAGGAGGAUGAAAUGAAUUUGGACAAUAAUUUCAAAGACAAUGCUAUGAUUGAAAUAGAUCAAUUUGAAUAGAUGUUAUCUACAAUUCCAAUGACGAUGUACUCAUAAGUAAAAGACAGAGAGAUUCAACUGUUGCAAUCGGUUGAAGGGUUUAGAUCGAUAAGGAAGAUAAAAAAAGAUCCAAAUUACAGACACUUAAUUGGAAAUCAAAUCAGAGAAGAAAUUUUGACAAAAUAAUGA